AUUUUCACAGCCUCUAUAAAAUUCGCUUGACCGCCCAAACUCUUGCGACUGCUGCUUUUCUCAAUUCUCUGCAAACACUUCAAAGCAACUAAAAUUCCCCAAUUCGUAACAAGAGAAUGUCUGAGGAGGAAGAAAAGAUUCAUGUCAAGUUAAUAAUGAAUAAAGGGAAAACCAAGGUACUAUUUGCAGAAGCCGGCAGCGAUUUCGUAGACGCUUUGUUAAGCUUCCUGCCUCUUCCAUUGGGAACGAUUGUGAAGGUCUUGAAGAAGCAGUUUGGAGAGAAGGUGCUCCUAGCUGGAAGCUUGAAAACUCUGUACAACGGCUUAGCAAAUCUCGACACCAUCCAUUUCCUGACUGAGGAUGCUAAGAUCUUGCUGCUUAAUCCAACAAGUCUCGAUGAAGACGAACAGCUUCCACUUGAUGAGGUCUUCACCGAAACUACAGCUUCCUUCAUCAUCAGCGAUGAUUUGAAGGUAAUGCGUAGUGUGGAAGGUUCUGUCAUGUCUACUCUCCGCAGCCUUGGCAUUGCUAUCACAGAUAUGGAUGGGGCCGAGAUACGGGAUAUGCAUUUGGGAUACGCUCAGAUGAUGACUUUAAUGGCGAUAAUGUUUGUUUCCCGGAAUCCACUUACCACCCUCCUCCUCUUGACCUUGACCCGCCAAGCAGCCGGACAGGGGAACGCCGUGAAUCAGAUUGGCAAGAGAGCCCAUUGUAUGAACACCAAGAAGAUUAGUUUGACAGCCAUGAUGCAGAAAUCUACAAACAAGUUGCUGUUUGCUCAGGCUCGUCAUGAUUUUGUAAGUUUUCUAUUUGGCUUGCUCGCCAUUCCUCUAGGGAGGGUGGAAUGGUUUUUGCACAGCAACACCGGCGUUAGGGCCACGGAUAAUUUGCACCGGAGCAUACCGGAUAGUUUGUACUGCUAUAAUAUUAUGACUACAGAGACGAAGGAUAUGCUAUUCAAACCGGCCAUGUUUAAUGAGCCUUCUUCUAAUGGGAGUUCUUCUAGAGUGAGGACUUCUCACAAUGGUUUUUGUAACGAGUAUCUUCCUCUCAAUUUUGCCUUGAGUGAAAAUAAAGAUUAUGUCAAGGGAUCAAGCAUGUAUAUGGUUAAAGAUGAUCUAACUGUUGCGCCAUUGAGUGUAACCUCUAGUGUUUCUGUUAUCAACGAGAUGAAGGUCGCUCUGUCUGAUGUGGUGGAACUAGAGAUGGAAGUCGGGUUGGAAGAGGGUUUAAGCAUAUUGAAAGCGGCUCUCACAUCGACCACGGCUUUGACGGAUGGGCUUAUCAAGCCAAUGUUGAAGAAUCAACCAAAACAAGAAAAUUGAGUUGAUGAAUCUUAUCCUAUAUUUACCCAUUUUGAUGCUUAGUUUGUAGUGGCAGUUUGUGACAUUAGCUGUAAUCCUAGGCAGAUUUUACCAACAUUUGGGAGAUAUUUUGUGCUACUUUUAUCUAUAUAUUUAAGUGGUU